AUGGCUGCUUUGAACAAGAUCCGUGAGAUUAAAAGAGAUACUGAGUUUGUCGACGAUUUUGCUGCUGCUAGCUACUUAAAAAGAAGGAACCGUGUUCGACCCUACGAAGGUCGAUAUGUAAGUUGUUGAUUUUUAAGAUUAUUUAUUGGUUUAGGUAAAUUAUGUCAGAUCGGUUUCGUGGAAUGCUGAUGGAACUUUGUUGGCUGGUGGAAACUACGAUAAUACCCAUUCGCACGUUGUAGUUGGACAGUUGGAGCCUUCAUCGAAUCGACUGGUAAGUAUUUUUGUUAUUUUUUACUUAGUUUUUGGUUUAAAACUAAAAAACAAUAAUUUAGGUAACAUUUUUCGAAAAUUUUUAAUAUAUUUAACCUUUUUAGGAUUAAAAAAAUAUUUUUAAGAUGUUCAAAGCUUGAAAAGACAUUUUAAAAUGUAAAUUUUUAGAAGCAACACUUUUUGGGAUCAGGGCACGAUGAUUCUGUCACGGGUGUAGCUUUUCAUCCAACUGACCCUCAAGUGAUAGCGUCUUGCUCAUCGGAUAAGACGGUCAGGUUAUGGGAUGUCAGAGUCACAAAACAACAUCAUCGCUACAUUAGUUCAGGUAGUUUAUUUUACUAAUCUUUAAUGGUUUAGGUUCGAUUUCAAACUUUUAUGUUAAUAUUGUUUUAGAUGGAAAUUUGGCGCUAAAAUGGUCGAAAGACGGUAAAUUCAUAGUAUACAUUGAUAAAGGAGACAAGUUGAGAGUGGUAGACAGGGUGAACAUGGAUGCUCAAGGGUUGUAUCAGUUUAGUGAUUCAGUUUUCGACUUUGUUUUUCAUCCAAGUGGCAACUUCAUUAUUGCUUGUUUGGGUAUGGGCAAAAUUGAGAUAGUUAGGUACGUUUUUUUGGUUUAUUUUUGGUUCUAGGGUGUUUAUAGUGCGGAUUAAAAAUUUAAUUUUGACAUUAUUUCAGAUUCCCAGAACUAACUUCCUACAAAGUCAUUCAAGCACACCCACCUCUAUCUGAUUGCUUAUCAAUCGACAUUUCUCCAGAUGGUGAAUAUAUGGCAAUUGGCGCUUCAGACGCGACUUGUUCAGUAUGGGACCUACAGGACAUGCUGUGUAUAAGGUCCAUUGCUCGUAUGGACUAUCCUAUUCGUACAGUUUCAUUCUCUCAUUGUUCUAAUGUCAUUGCCUCAGGCAGCGAAGAUUUUACAAUUGAUUUGGCAUGGGCUGAAAAUGGUAACAAGUAAGUUUAUUGAUUAAAUUUGUAGUUGUAGAAGAGUAUUUUAUAAAAUACGAUUUAUAUGGAGUAAUUUUUUUUAAUUGUUGUUUCAGGGUAGGAGAAGUUAACAUACCAAACGAAUGUUACGCUCUGCAAUGGAAUCCUCGUUUAUAUUUACUGGCAUACGCUACAGCGCCACAACAUGAAAGGGAACGUGAUCCAAUCACAUUUAGGGUCUUUGGGUAUCCAGCUAGUUCAAGACGUGAUGAUUAA